AUGACCAACGCCACAGUGCCCGCUGCCGCCGCUUCGGUUCAAUCAUCUUCGGCUCAGACUCCUGCGGUUGCCGCGCCGUCUCCACUUGGGAGGUCACAGUCUCACCACGAGCGAGAGCGCGACGUGACAAGACAAGGCUUUGAGAAUCAGGAGGAGCGCGGAGGCGGGGAGGCGGACUUGCAUUAUGUCGACCAUGCCUAUAUGCACAAGAUGGCCUCGGAACACCCUGACGCGCAGAACGAACCCUCGACUAGCGAUGUCUCGAGUCGUGCGCGUAACUACAAACACAGCACGUAG